AUGUAUUACGUAGAUUCUCAGAGAACCGUCACCCGUCGCGAAAGUUCUCUCAUUGUAGAUAAUUAUAAUACUAGAGAUGAUCGAAGUGAAUUCGAAGCUCUAUCGACUACACGAGGUCAAUCUACAGCUAGAUUCGUUAGCGAUUCAGCAUCUUCGCUCAUUAACAAACAGAAGUGCUCUGUGCAGAAGGAACUGGUAACAUUACUCUUCGAGUCGAUGUUGGAUCAUAUUGUAGAUUCUUGGACGGUUAUAGAAUCUCGGAAACAGGAGGAGACUCACUCAGAGAAUGACUCGACUAUACCUCAGACUUGGUGGUCAAGCCCAGAUGAGAGGGCUAUUAUUCGGUUCCGUAACGGGAACUUAUACGAAGGUGGUAUAUCGAUGAAAUGCAUGCAUGGUGAAGGCCGCUUCCAAUGGGCUGAUGGAACAGUAUAUUUGGGACAAUUCAAAGAUAACGAAAUACGUGGCAAGGGUACAAUACAAUGGAAAGACGAUACUUGGUACGAAGGAGAUUUUAUUGGUAAUUUACGUCAUGGCGAAGGGUUAUAUGUUGACUCAAGGAAACAACGCUCGUAUGCUGGUGGGUGGUACUCCGCAACAAAACAUGGUUAUGGAGCAAUAUAUUAUACGGGAAAUUUCAACAAUUCCUAUAACGGCGAGUGGGUUUCUAAUGUUCGCCAUGGUUAUGGUUCUCGUGAAUAUUGUGCUAUGAGUGGUUACAAGGGCUAUUGGGAUUACUACGUCCGAGAUGGAAAAGGCUUAAUGAUUUGGCCAAAUCAUGACUUUUACAGAGGUGAAUGGAAAAAUGGCGUGAUGUCUGGAUACGGAAUCUACAUCUGGGAUGCGUACUACAAUAACGCCAUGUCAUUACCAUCAAUUACUGCUUAUCGGGGCAAUUGGGAGAGAGGACAACGACAUGGUUACGGUAUACUUAAUUUAGGUUUCGGCCUUGGAUCUUAUUAUAAAGGAGAAUUUAAGAAAAAUAAUAAACACGGACCGGGAACAUUUAUUUCUAAUAGCGGACUCAUACUACAAGAUAAAAACUUAUUUAUCGAUGACAAUUUCGGACCUUUAAAUUCAAAUAUUACCGAUUAUAAAGAGGCAUCCGUGGAUUAUAAAAACCAGAUUCCGGAACCGUUUUCUUUUGACAUUUGUGAUCAAUACAUCGGACUUUUCUAUCACAUAGAGCAGGCUUUAAAGAAUUUAGACAAAGAGAAAGAAACGAUUGAUAUGUUAGUAAAUGAGUAUCUAGAAAACAACAAAAGCGGUUCCACAUCUAUACAAAGGACUGCUGCACAUAUCAAUGAUGAUAUGCCGGUGCACAAUUUCGAAGAAUUUCUGAUAUUCGAAGAAACUUCCCUAAGGAAAGCGUUGCAAUGUUAUGAAAUACAACUCAAACACAUUUACUACCAAUAUGCAACUGUGUGUAAUGACGACGAAAUACACUACACCCCUAUUAUGAUACGUUUGUACUUGUGGCAGUUCUAUUAUGACUGUAAUAUACAUGAAAAACAUCUGACACUGGUCGACAUAGAUCGGAUUUUCCACGCUAACCCAGAAUGGCUAGCCAGAUCGCCACACAAUCCGUUUGAAAAAAUUUACUUCUGGCAAUUCUUACAUUGUCUUAUAUCCAUCGCCAGUAAACUAUAUGCUAAGAGACAUCUCCCAGACAAGAGGCCCGACACUAUCUUAGCCUCGGGUUUUAGGACUUUUAUGGAAAAUGACGUUCUGCCUGGCGUGGGUCGUAAAAAGGGCUACCUUACAAAUGGGUACGGCUCGUUCGUACCUUUAAAGGGAGUGUACAGUCUUUAUAGGUGUCUAGGGGAACCGUGUACAAUGCGUAAUUUUUUGUGUGCCAUGCGCAGACCUCAACAUUGUACCGAUAUGCCGCAGCCGCCUUUGAGAGAAGUUGACAUUUUAUUGGGCCGUAAUGCAUAUGUCUUUGGUGACGAAAUAACUUUUGUCGCAGAAAGCUUACAAACAGAAGAAGAAUAUGAGAAGCCAGAAUUAAAAUUGUUCAACAUCAGCAAUAUUCCGAGCAAAACAGUUAUAUCGUAUUUUGCAAAUAUUUUCCCACAAAUUAUAAAGAGCGAUAAAAUCAUGAACCUGAAUAUAGAAAUAACAUUUUUUGAAUUCUAUCAAGUGUUUAUCGCGUGUGUUGAAGAAAGUAUUCAAUUAAGAAAUGAAGAAUUCAAAUAUCAGGAGCAUACCUCCAUAAAUAAAUAA